AUGACUCACCUACGGUUGUUGGCAUGUUACGCUGGCCUUCUCGCCAGCGCCGCCGCACCACACUUCUCAUUGGCACUUUCCCUUCGCUCUGGCACAGGGACGUCUCAGCAAAACAGCCUCCGCACAAAUUUAUUUGCAUCCGGCCAAGUUGCACUGCGAGCAGAGCCCUCAGCCAGUGAUGUAACUGAAGACUGCCUGGACAUCAUAAACAAGCUAAGGAGCGAAAAUCUCAGGGACCUGUUAAGAACCCUUGCCAAGGCAGAGGAAAAUGAGGUGACUGAAAGCCUGAAGAAGAUUGGAAAAACGCAACCGGAAGGCCUUACUGCAGUGAAAAUCGCAGUAGCGCUUGCAGGUGAAGAUGUAGGAACAUGUAACUCAGGCGAAAAUGCGAAUGCGAAGACGUAUCCCGGACUCGUAAUUCCAUUUCCGCAUUCCACAGAUUUCGACUGCGAUGCUUUGGUCCAGGCGACUUACACAGCUGGACUCAACUACCUUAAAAAAUCGAACUUCGAGCCAUCGAAAGGAACAUAUGAUGUUGAAAACGCUCCAAACUUAGACGCCAGCAAUGCGGCGUUUCUGCUCUCGGCAAAAAGCACAAAAGUCUCAUGUGCCGCCACCAACAACUGCAGUGGUGGCCACGACGUUUUAUUCUGCUACUUCAUAGACCCACUUCGAAAAGGAGAUAAGCCCUUCACAACUGAGCUUUAUAAUGCUCUCUGGGGAUUGGAAACAGGCGCAGCGUUCACUUCAGCUCCCAGAGUCGCCACCGUUCUUUUGGUCCUCGCUCUGAUCACUCGGAUUUGA